AACCAAAUAAGCAAAAGGUUAAACGAAGAAAAAGAAAAAGGAAAGUAUACGGGCUAAUAUAUUGGGUCAAGGAAGAGAGAGAGAGAGAGAGAGAGAGAUGGCGAUGAGAGAAAGAGCAGUGGCGACGCUGCCGAAACUAAUUCGGAGCCUUCGGAAGGAGCCUCCGAAACCCACUUUCCAAAAAAGGCUUCCCUCCCUCAGGCGCGCCUUUUCCCUCUACGACCAGAUCAAUCUCAUCGACAACGUUCCCGAAGACCAGCUUCGCUUCCAAGGGUAUACGGAAACGGGGUUCACAGUGAAUGGAGUGGACUACGAAGGAAGCUUGCUCUGUGUUGGGAAUUUGCUCAUGUCUUGGGCUCCUAAGAAAUUCUCUGAUAUCACUCCUGAUAGUUUAUCCAUGUUCCAAAUUGUGCGACCUAUACCAGAGAUUUUGAUUCUUGGCUGUGGGAGGCACAUUGAACCAGUAAAUCCUGAACUACGAAGCUUUGUUCGGUCCACUGGAAUGAAAUUAGAAGCUCUUGACUCAAGAAAUGCUGUGUCAACUUACAACAUACUGAAUGAGGAAGGUAGGAUCGUGGCUGCAGCAGUUAUACCAUAUGGAGUUUCCUCAUGAUGCACCCUGAAUUUCCAUUGCGGCCUUAUCAUAACAUUUAAUUGUCUUCAUCAACUGUGAACAUACUUGACCUUGAGUCGCGGAAAAAAUAGAUUUAUAAUGUAACUAGUGAAAUGAUUUGAGAGCUAGGUAGAUGUUUUCCAUUUUCUGUAAUUAAUGUGGUAUUUUGCUAUCUUAUGCAUUUGAUAAACCGUGCACGGGGAAGCCUUUCCAUUUUCCAUAUGGUAAACUGUAGGGAGGAUUGAACAAGCAUUUGGAUGCUUUGUAGAACUAUUUUGUAUGUCAUUGAUGAAUAAGCAUUUAUAUAUGUGGACACAUAUGUUAAGCGGCUUUUUGUGAAAGUUGGUCA